AUGCUUGGAGGUGGUUUCUCUCUGUUGGUGAAUGGCCAGCCGGUCAAGUUACGAGGUGCGUUCGGAGGUAACCACAAUGGCAAUCAACCCUAUGCUGGAAGGAGACCCUCGUUCCGUGCCAUGUGCAAUCCUUACGGAAAUGUUUAUUUCAUCAUGGUGUUGAGUAUUAUUAUUUGGAUCCUUGUUCUUUCUCAAAUCAUUUGUGAGUUCUUUGUUUAUCCCGAUGGAGAUGUGUUUGUAAAAAUCAUGCCUAGAGCGUUUAUAUAUCCCAUCUUGUUGGUCUGUUUGAUUUUCUACAUUCCGAGCAUAUUUAUGAGUCCCACUUAUAGUUACUUGACCAAUUUUAAUGUGAAUCAAAAGAUUCAUGAAAUUGUACAGAAAACCAUUAGAGAUAAGCCUAUUAUUGAAUUGCAUGUUUCCUGUUAUCACUAUGAAACGAGAACUCAUACCACGACAGAUGCUCAUGGAAAACUAAAAACUGAAACACGAUCUGUGAGAGUAACCACCCAUACAGAUUCCAAACAAAUGCCAUUCGAGUUUCAUAGAGAUUUUUCACCUCCAUUUGCUGUUAAGGAAACAUCAAAAUCAUUUAUUAAAUUAGACAUGGAUCAAAGGGUGUUUGUUACUGAUGAAGAAACCAAGAAAAUUCUCGAUGAAGAACGUGUUGCCAUCUAUGUUGCAAACAGAAAUCGUGACACACACAUGGACUAUGCAGAAUUUUGGGGAACUGAGGAUUUUGAAAGCUCCCUUCUCACACCCAAUCCAAAAUCGAAAAUUCCAAAAAUUGCCACUCCCUUCUGGUAUCAAUUUUUCUGUCUCUUUUUCCUCGGAUGGGCCUAUACGUUGUGGUUCAAUAAUAUUUGUGACACUCAAGAAUAUACAUUCAUUAAGGAAUUGUCCUAUUAUCCCUUCAGUGAUGGUCAAGUGGACAAUAAUGUUGAUCCUAACAUGUACAUGGGAGUUGAAAGAUUUCCCAACGAAUAUGUUUACUUCGCCUCAACCAAUGCCAUCCUUUCAACCCAACAACCUCAACAACCUCAACAACAACCUUCAUUUGGUCAACCUUCUACCUCCAUGAUGACCUCACCUUAUUAUCAAGCAUCGUCGUCGCAACCUUACCAUAAUAAUAAUUAUUACAUCACCAAUAACGCCAACACUGCCAAUCAAAAUCCAUUCCUCCCAUCCAAUCAAAGAACAAGCUUAAAUUUACCUCCACAUAUUGGCGAUGUUUCCUUUCAUCAUGGCUCUGAUACUGAACCACUCGUUCCAAAUUACAAUUCGAGAGGGUACGUGCCACCUCAACUCUGA